UUGUCUUAAUGGAUAUACUCUGUUUAUCAGCUGUUUUUAUGUCUCUGUAGAAUAGGACACUGGACGUAAGAACACGUUACCAUGACAUCAAGGGACCAUUCUGAGGAUGAUUGGAGCUCAGCAUCAAAUAAUGUGGAGGUAAAACCACACCUGGAUUUCCUGAUUAUAAGAAACUUGACAAAUAUAUAAACCAAAAAAAAAAAUGUUUUCAAGCAAAUUUAUUUUAAAAAACAAACAAAGUUGCUUUCAUAAACCAGACUUGGCAACCGAGCUGAUUUGGGUUUUUCGGGGUCUCACUACAGCUCAGGCGCCCUCACGUGGACGUCAGAAGAAGUACGCCUCCAUAAACGUGUGGUGGAAGAGGAGGAGAGGGAGGAGGAGGAGGAGGAGGAGGAAGACCCGGGGGGAGAGUGGAGAAGGGGGGCGGGGGCAUUUAAAAAGUCCCGCUGAGGAAGAGCUGCUCACACAACCUGGACGUUCCACAGCUCGAAAAGUUUCACUUCGACACUUCGACAGAUUCAAGGAGCAGAAGAAGAACCGGAGACAGAGAUGGCCGCUCAGAAACAGCAGGUGCCGAACCUGCAGCUGGCCGAACUGACCGCUGCACAGUUCAUCGACAUCUGGAGACACUUCGACACAGACGGAAACGGUUACAUCGAAGGAAAGGAGCUGGAGAACUUCUUCAAAGAGCUGGAGAAGUCCAGACGAGGAGCGGGCAUGGAGCCUUCCCAGGCUGUCUUCAAAGAGAAGUUGAAGGAGUUCAUGGCCAACUUUGACAAGAACGCUGACGGGAGGAUCGAAAUGUCAGAGUUGGCCACAAUUCUGCCCACGGAGGAAAACUUCCUGCUGUGUUUCAGAGAGUUCGUGGGAUCCAGCAGUGAAUUCAUGGCUGCCUGGAGGAGAUAUGACACCGACCGCAGUGGAUACAUCGAAUCAAACGAGCUGAAGGGUUUCCUCUCAGACCUGCUGAAGAAAGCGAACAGAAACUAUGAUGACAAGAAGCUGAACGAGUACACGCAGACCAUCCUACGGAUGUUUGAUCUGAACGGCGAUGGUAAGCUGGGCCUGUCUGAGAUGGCGAGGCUUCUGCCAGUGCAGGAGAANUAUCGGUCAGUUCGGUAUUGGUUGGAUGGCAUCAAGUUGACAGUGAAGGAGUUCGACUCCAUCUUCACCUUCUAUGAUAAGGAUGGCAGUGGAUACAUUCCACUGCAGGAACUGGAUGCUCUGUUGAAGGACCUCAGGGACAAGAACAAAAUGGAUGUGGAUGCAUCAGGACUGGGGGGGUACAAGAAGAGCAUCAUGGCUCUGUCUGAUGGAGGGAAACUGUACCGCACUGAGCUGGAGAUCGUCCUCUGCCGGGACUCUGCACUGUGACCUGACCGUCUGAGACCACAGCUGCCCUCCUCUCCCCUGCUCAACCUUCCACCCCACCUCCCCCGAACCCUGGUGCAUGUGCGACCCUAACCCAGGCUACACUACUUACAGUAAAGUGCGCUUCACUGCACACUGUGUACUGCUGACACUGCGUUUUUGAUUUUCGUAGCCGUAGCCAAGUUCUUUCUUUCUCUUCACCUCCUCCUCUUUCAGUUCCACAGUUAAACGUAGUAGAAAUUUAUUGUGCAUUUAUUAUUUUGUAAUUGUAUUUUAAAAUUUGUAUUUUCAAAUAUAAUUAGUCCUCAUAUAUGUUCUUCUCCAACUGGACUUAAAAUGCUCUUAUUUCUGUAGGAAUUUAAUUUAUUUAUUAUAUAUACGUCAUUAUCUGUUCUGUUUGAUUUGAUACUACGCUGAUUUAUUUAUUAAUUAAUAUAUUUGAGGCUUGAACUGCUCUACUAUAGAUGUUACAGAGAGAU